GUUCGUGCGCACUUUGCCUGUGUUGUUCAUUUGUUUGCUUCAUUUUGUAAGUUUUUGCCCUUACAGCUGCUCUCCUGGGAGCACGUUUUCGUGCCGGCUCAAACGCUGGUAUGCUUGGCUUGGCAGGACUUCCAGGCUUAAGUGGCGAAAUUGGUGGAUCUACAUUCGAUGGCGACGAAGAGGGAAGUGAAUGUAACAAUUUGAAUGUUCCUGCGGGCUGUAAUAUGGGAAGAAGGCGUAGUAGGGCGGUGCUAUACCAGCUUUCCGGUCACUACAAACCGGAGAAAGGAGUGAAAACCAAACUAAAACUUGGAAACAAUUUGCUGCAUUCAACAGAAGCACCCUUUCCGGAAUACAAAACACAAGCCUUAAAAAAGUCGCGGUUCAUUCUUCCACAUUAUGGUGUCUUUAAGGGAUUCUGGGAUUGGAUUAUAUUGGUAUCAACAUUUUAUGUGGCUAUUUUGGUGCCAUACAAUGCUGCAUUUGCGAAGGCUGACCGUCAGACAAUGGUAUCGGACGUAAUAGUGGAGGCGCUCUUCAUUGUGGAUAUUAUACUAAAUUUUCGGACAACGUUUGUUUCCAGUAAAGGUGAAGUUGUAUCGGAAUCUAAGCUAAUAGCUAUAAAUUAUUUAAAAGGAUGGUUUGUAGUGGACUUACUAGCUGCAUUGCCAUUUGAUCACCUGUAUGCUUCGGACUUAUAUAAUGGGGAAGAAUCCCACAUACAUCUCGUAAAAUUAACACGGCUGUUGCGGCUUGCACGCUUACUACAAAAAAUGGACAGGUAUUCACAGUACACAGCAAUGAUUUUGACAUUGUUGAUGUUGUUAUUUUCCCUGGUGGCUCAUUGGUUGGCUUGUAUCUGGUAUGUCGUUGCAGAAAAAGAAAACAUGCUGAAUGAAAACGGAUGGGAUAUUGGUUGGAUGCAUGCAUUAGCAGAGCGAUUAAAAAUUCCAAUUGCAAAUAUAACAAAUGCCGAAGCCUACUCAACUGCUCUGUAUUUUACUUUUACGAGUCUAACCUCCGUUGGAUUUGGGAAUGUCUCAGCAAACACGACCGCUGAAAAAGUGUUUUCAAUUGUAAUGAUGCUGAUUGGAGCCUUAAUGCAUGCCGUAGUGUUUGGAAAUGUAACUGCAAUUAUUCAACGCAUGUACUCGAGACGAUCUUUAUACGAAAGUAAAUGGCGUGAUCUAAAAGACUUCAUAGCUUUACAUCAAAUGCCAAAAGAGUUGAAACAAAGGAUUGAAGACUAUUUUCAAACUUCAUGGUCUCUUAACCAUGGAAUAGACAUAUACGAGACAUUGCGUGAAUUUCCUGAAGAACUGAGAGGAGACGUUUCAAUGCAUUUACACCGCGAAAUUCUACAACUGCCUAUAUUUGAAGGUGCCUCACAGGGUUGCCUCAAACUGCUUUCUCUUCACAUAAAAACAAUUUUUUGUGCUCCUGGUGAAUACCUUAUACACAAAGGCGACGCACUUAACUAUAUAUAUUAUCUCUGUAAUGGUUCCAUGGAAGUAAUAAAAGAUGAAAUGGUAGUUGCAAUUCUUGGUAAAGGCGACCUAGUUGGAUCAGACAUCAACGUACAUCUAGUUGCUACUUCGAAUGGACAAAUGACUGCAACAACAAAUAGUGCUGGACAAGAUGUCGUUGUAAGAUGUAGUAGUGACAUCAAGGUAAUUAAUCCCAUACACAAACAAACUUCCCGCGGCGCCAUAAUGCUCAAAUUACAAAUGCGCAUAGUCAGAGGCAAUUCGAGUUUUUCACGAGAAAUUCCGGGAAUUCCGCAAAAUUUUCAAUCCCGGGAAAUUUGA